GCCCGGGCCUCCGGGCCGGUGGAUCCCGGCGGGACGCGCAGGAUGGGAGAGGGAGGCGGCUUCCCCUCCCCGGAGCCCGCCCUGCGAGUGGGGAAGGCACUCGCCUCUCGCGCCUCCAUCCCACAACCGGGACGGCGAAACCGGGCGUCAUGUGGGGACCCCACCAGGGGGCGGAGCCUCCUGCGGCCCACUUCCCUGACCUCUCAAGUUGGAGGGGCGUCUGCGUCCAGGGAAAGGAUCCCCCAGGCAGGGCCCGGGUCUGUAGCAAAGUUAGGGAGCUGCUCACUCCAAGGUGGACCCUGGGGCUGCUCUUCCAGCGAGGGGAGCUACCAGAGGAAGCGGGGUCAGGAUCAGCUGUGGACUGGGAAUUGGGACCUGACCUUGCUGACCUCGCAGGCUGACGGGGGGCUGCUCCUCCGCCCCCAGAGCAGCAUGGAUGCCCCACGGAGGGACAUGGAGUUGCUGAGCAACAGCCUGGCGGCCUACGCACACAUCCGCGCUAACCCCGAGAGCUUUGGCCUCUACUUCGUGCUGGGAGUCUGUUUUGGCCUGCUGCUAACGCUGUGCCUACUAGUCAUCAGUAUCUCCUGUGCGCCCCGCCCGCGGCCCCGGGCCCCUGCUCCGCGCCGGGACCCCCGCAGCAGCACUCUGGAGCCCGAGGACGACGACGACGACGACGACGACACGGUGACGCGGCUGGGCCCCGACGACACGCUGCCGGGCCCAGAGCUGACCACGGAGCCGGACGGGCCGCUGAGCGUCAACGUCUUCACGUCGGCGGAAGAGCUGGAGCGGGCGCAGCGCCUGGAGGAGCGGGAACGGAUCCUGAGGGAGAUUUGGCGCACCGGGCAGCCAGACCUGCUAGGCACUGGCACUCUGGGGCCCAGCCCCACGGCCACAGGCACCCUGGGUCGAAUGCACUAUUACUGACGGGCCCCUUCCGGCUGCCAGGAGCUCUGCGUACUGGACAUGUGCAUGAACUCACAGAUGCCCCAGGACACUGGGACUGCCCCUGCCCACGGUGCUAUGGAGGCCCCGCCCCCACGGCUCCCCCAGUGCUAUUGGGCCUGGAUCCCCACCUUCUGGGGUCCCCAGUCCUGCCAGAAAGCCCGUGGGGGAGGACAGGAUACAGGGUCCCCAGCCCCUUUCCUGGGAUCGGUUAAGAGAUGAAGUGACCAAUGAAAACUGCAUUCUCAGCGACUCA